AUGUCAGACAAAAAUGUGCCCCGUAGAUCAGGUUCUACAAAAGGAAGGGAUCUAUUAUCCUUGGUACAUUCACUUGUCGAGGCAUGUACUUCAAAAGGUGUAGAAGAACAACGGAAGCUCGCUGAAAGUCUAAAUCGUGCGUGGACACCAAAUGCGGACAUAUCGACAACCCUGGCUUACUAUGUGUCAAAAAAGCAGUCGUCCGAUGGCGACCAUUUAAGAACACUUUUGAGAGCUGUUGAGAUGUGCAACGAUGACUUCUGCCUCGCAUUGUUGUGCAGGCUCAUUCAAGAUCUUUUGAACACUGGCUCCUUGAAAGCUAGACAAAGGAGACAUCGCAAAUUAAUCAAAGCUGACGCAACAUCGUCCCUUAUCCGUACUCUGAGGUACAGGCUCAGGGAAAUAUUACCCCAAAGAAGUGCCGAAGACAGUGCCGAAACCAGUGAUAAACUGAACGCUCUUGCAGAGGAUACUGAUGACACCAUUGCAGAACUUGUUCUCGCUGUUGGCGCUAAGGCGAGAAACGCACAGUUGGCUGGUCGGUAUAAAGGAUUCGCCUCUUCCCUAUUGAUGCGGAUAUCCUCAUUCGAGGGAAAAGAUUUGCAACAAUGUCACUUACUAGCAAGAUAUCUUGAAGUUCUCUAUUUCGUCAGCAAAAACAGGAAAACUCGUAUGUUGUUAAUUAGUGAAAAUAUUACGGGAUGUAUUAUACCGCUCCUCGAGCAUCAUUCUUCGUGGCAAAAUUUAUCAGAACUGGAUGUGGCCAUCAGUGUUCAUAUUGAAAUUUGCUUGAUUACUCUAGCGAUCCUCAGGCUUCUUUGUAUUAACAGUGAAGAGCAGCUGAUCUCGCGUAAUGUGCUACUGCUUUGCGAAGGUAUUUUGAAUGAGUUAGGAAAACAAACUUGUCAAGAUACCGAAGCAAUCUCGCACCUACAGGUAUGA